GCAUUUGUAUUAAGCAGUCCAAGUACAGAAUCUGGAUUGGACGAUGCGAAUUUGAAAAUUGUCGAGGACAAUUCAAGGACAAUCGAGGACAUCCUACUUGUAUCGGAAGGCCAGCGGAAUAAGUAUUUUAUUCUCGAGGUGAACUUGCAUGAAAUCAUUAAGAUUUUAUUACUGGAGAAGGUGUACUUUAUUCCGAUUGGCUUACCACUUACGGAUCUAGUACCGCCUCUGCCAGUCUAC